AUGAAGCCAUCAGUGAUUGGUUUGAAGUGUAAGGAUACCGAUAAGGUAGAUUGGAAGCGGGGAUUGUCUAGUUAUUUGAAGAGGAUUUAUGGUUCGAGACAGUGGAAGGAGUUCUAUGAUGAGCAACUAUGUGUGGAGAUGGACCAUGUGCGCAACAAUGCUAAUGGCGAGUUAGGGGCAGUCACAUUGGUGGAACAGAACUACAAGUAUUAUGCUUACUUGGAACAGUUAUAUUUGAGAUUGGGAAACAAUAUUGGUCAGUUUAAGCUGGAGUUUACGUGGUAUGACGCUGAGUAUGGUCUUGUUUCAAGUCCUACAAAGCAUACCCAAAAAACAUUGGUGUUCGAAAAAUCAUGUACGUUGUACAAUUUGGGUGUAGCGUUAACAGAAGUGGCAAAUGAGAAAAUUAAUGAGGAUUUUAAAACCGCCAUGGUACAUAUGGCAAAGGCCAUGGAAUGUUUUAGGUAUCUCUCUGAAAAUUUCUUUAAUUCCCCCUCAGCAGAUCUUCAAACUGAAAACACCAAAUUCCUUUCAGAUUUGUCACAUGCUGAAGCUCAGGAGAUGUUCUUGAUCAAUGCGAUCAAUAACGGAACAUCUGAGAAACAAGCUUCUCUAAUUAGUAAACUUGCAUACUCCGGGUCAAAUCUAUAUGAGAAUUGUUGGGAGUUUUUAAGAACAGAGGAAGGUGGGUUAACACCUUAUGGUGAGGCAAGAUGGAACAGUAUCGUCUCCGGUAAACACCAUUUUUUUCGCUCGUUGGCUGCCUAUUAUAAUGCAUUAGCACUAGAGCAAAAUAACAAAUACGGUGAAGCAAUAGCGUUUUUGAAAUUGGCUACUCAAUGUCUGUCUUCCUCACUUCCAUAUAAAUAUGCUCUGAAUGAUAAUUUUGAUUUUGAUGGCUUUGGUGAAACAAUAAAGGAUAAAACCAAGCAAUUAAUAAAGGAUAACGAUUAUAUUUUCCACGAUAGUAUACCCCAAUCAGUAUCGUUGUCUUCAAUUAAAGCAUUAGAUGCCAUAAAAGCACCUAAAUGGGAAGAACAACUCAAACCGUUCAUGGAAGCUAUCGCACACAAAUGUGAAAAGUUAUAUAGAGGAAUUGUGCCAAUGGAGGUAUUUGAAAAGGAGAGUAUAUACUCUGAGAAAAAGGCUUCUAUGCUCAGGCAGUGUAUCAAUGAUUCAGAAACGGCAGACAUGGAGUAUUCUUCAUUCAUUGAGUUCACUCAUUUGCCAAAUCUACUUAGCGACCUCAAGAGAAGGUAUAAGAGUCAGAAUUUUUCAGGUACCACAGAUCCUCAAGGUGACAUGAUGAGAGAUCAAAUACAAUCUUGGAUUAAAAGCAUUAGUCAAAGUAAGUAUAAAGAUCCUGAUGAACAAUUGAAAUUAAUAAGUUCAAAAAAACAAGAAAUUUUAACGCUACUAGCAGGUUUGCCCUCAGAACAAAAGGAAAAUGUGGUCAAACUCAAAAUGGCACUUGUUGAAGCUGCUGCUUCAGAUGAAAAAUUAUUUUCACUAGUUCAGCCGUAUGCAGCUCAAUUAAGACUUCUGAAACAACCUGAUGAACUAUGGAAAAUAUUCAAUAUGUUUUCAAUUGAUGAAUCUAAUAAACAGAGUCUCUUAGAUAUUGAUGAUAGCAAGAAUCAAGAAAUUCUAGCAAAAAUAUCUGAUAUUGAGCAAAUGGCAGAAGAUUUGAGACUUCUAAAGGAAGAAAGAGGGCGUACACUCAAGGAACUAAAGAGUCAAACUAAUGAUGAUGAUAUUACCAAUACUUUACUGGUUAACUCAAAGGCGGAAAGUGAAGAGCUAGAAGUCAUCUUUAAGAAGGAGCUAGACAAAUUUAAACCUUUGACUACGAGGAUUGAGGCAACCAUAUUUAAACAGGAAUCUGUUGUUAAUGAAGUCAAGAAUGAGCUUGAUAAUGUUUUCAGUCUUUCUGGCUUAGAAAAUAAGACAUCAGAAGAGGAAGAGAAACAGAAGAAGAGGAAGGAAUUCUUCAUGCAAAUUGAAGAGGCGGCUACAAAGUUUUUAAUUUUUAAUAAUGAUUUGCCAAAGGGUCUCGAGUUUUAUGAUUCGCUUUUGAAAAUGAGUAAAGACCUAGCAGUAUCUGUAAAAGUCCAAAAUAAUGCUAGUGGAAGUGACAAUAAUAGCAACAAUGGGUAUGUAAGUGGGAAUGUUAUUCCACCAUCACUACCACCGCAGCCAAGAAACGUAGGUUCCAGCAUUGAUUCGCAAUUUCAGUCCAUGAAUCUAGGAAGUGUACCUACGCCACAACGUUUUCCUCAACCGCCAGCUCCUAAUUCUCGACCAAUCGUUUCUAUGGAAAAUUAUACCUCUCAGUUCUCUGUGCCACCUGCACAUGGUGAUUUACCGCCUGCUUACAAUCAGGUUCCGCUGGUUCCAACAAGAAACUAUGACCAGCCCCAUGGUUCAGGGAAUUAUCCAGGAAAUGUCUCAAGCCAACAUCCAGUUUCAUCUUCUCCAAUACCUGGAGCUUAUGAUCAAGUGCCAAUGGUCCCUCCAAAGCAACCGCCUGCAGAAGGUAGAAGUCAGAUAUCCAGACAAGAACAAAUGGAAAGAGAAGAACGUGAAUUACAAAGAGAUCCUACAGCAUUUUAUAAGAAAUCUUCGGUCUUUGAUGAAAGUUUGUAUUCAAGAUAUAGUGGUAAAUAA